AUGCCGGUCGGCGUGCUAGCGCUGCGGUUCCGCCUCGCCGAAGCCGAGGGCCGACUGAUGGGCCACAUGGAUACCUCGGCCACCCAGUUGGAGUUCCUUGAGGCGCGGCUGCGCCGCGCACUGGCGUCGAAGAACGACGUCAUCGACGAGCUCAAGGACGAGCUGGGGCGCCGGGAGGCGGAGAUCUUCGAAGCGCGGAGCAUCCUCGCCGGAUUGGCGACCGAGGCAGCAGACGGCCACGAGCAAGCACCAAAGUCGCCAAACGGGGAAGGGAAUUGCACAGUGCACAGGUACUGA